AGUUUUCAAAUUAAACUGACUCAGAAAUAAGGCUUUGCAAUAUGCAAUCUAUAAAAUCUUGUCUGUCCAGCAAUUUUCUCUCGUUGUUGUCCUAACUACUAUUUUAAAUCAGCACAACAAGGAUUUGUAAAUUUUUGAGCAGAUUUUUGAGUUAAGUUGGGCCAACUCAGUAGAUUCCAGUUUAAACCGGUUUUAACGGCUCUCUGCUGAACCUGAGCGACGGACAUUUUCUGUAUGGACAACGACGUGGAGCCCACAACAAUUUUGCUCAAGAAGGUAUGAUAUCUGAAGAAUUUCGGCGUAUCACCAGCAAAGACCUCCUGGGGACUUUUAAUGCAUCUCUUGAAAGAUUUGGACCUGGCCUGCUAAAACUCUACCGGACUAAGAAGGGUGGUUUUGGCCAAGAAAUGGAAGACCUCCUUGAUAAACUCGAUGAUCAGACAUCUGACAUUGUUACACACCGAAAGACAGCAGCACUGAGAGGCUUGCCCAUUUUCCUCCGCGAAGAUACCAAAAAGGUUUUCAUGAAGUGCUUGGACACUUACAUUUUGGCACCAGUGCUGGAAGGGGCGUCUGUGGCCAUCCACACCAUCCUAGAUGACGAAGCCGACAUCUCACAUGCUCGAGACCAUGCAGUUGUUUUGGAAGGGGGCAUCGUGCUGCAUGAAAUGGAAAACCUCUCCUCUGCGUUCGCCUACCUCUUUGGCCUUCUAUAUGCCCUCAAUAUAAAUUACCCCAAACAGUUGAGGUAUACAUUUGAAGCCAUCCAGACUAUCUUUUUUGAGCUUGGUGGCUCUCGGUGCUCCCAGCGCACAAGAUCUUUGAAAACGAAACUUUUAUUUUGAAUACACAUUGUGUAUGUGUUUGAAUACACAUUGUGUAUGUGUUUGAAUACACAUUGUGUAUG